AUGACACAGCCAAUGGAGGAUAUUGCUUGGGAGGAUCUAAAGUUAAUGCUGGAUGGAAACUGUGUUCGCCCAUUUGCAUGGAGCUCGCACAAUUUGUUGUUUCUCUCGGACCCACUUUCACCGACAAUUCAUGCGAAGCACCUCCCACCGGCCGCAGAAGCAUCGCGAGCUCCCGAUGUAGCCUCGCAAACACACUUAUAUCCCUUGCGGUUUACUCUCCCGCCCCCGGCGCCCAUUAUCGAAAUGGCACACGCGUAUGGACCAGCAACCACUCUUUCGAUUUCCCCUCAAGACAAGUAUCUAUAUGCAUUCUUUCCGCCUGCCCAACCGAAUGUCUCUACCGGUGGUCUAGGAUGUGUAUGGGGUGUAGAAGAGUCACUUGACGCAUGGGUCAUCAAGGAUUUCUGGCAUCAUUCUGCUGAGGCUGGAGUGGUGGCUAUGCGCUGGCUGGGCGAAGAGCGCGAGUGGUAUGCCCAAACCGGAUCCACUCUUCGAGCAACCCGACAUCCUCCCCUUGGGCCCAAACUACACCAAAACCACCCGGCGUUCUUGGUUGUCACUGGGGAUUAUAAUCUGCACCUUUAUUUCCAGCCGUACCCUUCGGUACUGGAUAGCUCACAGCCAGCCAGUUUACAUCGAUUAUUCGCUACUCUAACCGUCAGUCUGUUAAAUCCGGCAGCCGCCGUUCAGGGGCAACAAGACCAUAUUCCAGUUCACGACACGACGCUGGGAGGAAAACGCACCUGUAUCAAAGCUGGGAUUGGCCUAGGCUAUAAUGACUGGUCCAUUUUGGUCGCGACGCGCUCCUCCUUGAUCCCUACUCAACACACGGAUAAUAGCAUAUCCAUGGCUGCAGUUAUGAACGACCUUAUGCCCGAAGAUAGCACCGGAGAACUGACACCCAUGACUUGGAUGCGUGGCGGCAUGUGGGGAGAGGAGGAUCUUAUCGAGGUGUGUGAGGUUGAAGUAGACUUGUUGUCCGACGAGCCGUGUCUGGUGACCAUACCAUUGCGUUCCAUCCCUACCCCAAAGGAGAAUGAAUCAUACCUUACACACAUAUUAGUCACUUCGCAUCCCUUGGAGGCGCUGGUUUCCUCGCAAGCCUCAGACCUCUCAGAGAUUCGCUGUUCAUUUCAAGUGGUGGCUUCUUUCUUGAUUAAUACAGAGCAUUCCCGACCAAGCUCAAAGGUCACAUCAUGGAGGAUUAACAAAUCAGCCACCGCACUAGAGAGUCGAAGCUCUUCGCCAUCGAGAAACAAAGCGAGUGGACAGGUAUCAGAUUGGAGCUGCCUCCUGAGCGCCCAAUCAACCUACGAAUCUGCAGUUGUUAGUGCUGCUCAAAUAUGGGAUGCAGCGGGUCAAAUCUUACUAUGGGAACUGGUUGUCGCGUCAAGUGUCUCCCUUGAAAGUAACCCCUCAUUCGAACCGGAGCCUAUCCUUAGACGUCAAAACAAAGCCAGCAAAGAUUUUCCUAUGUUCAUGGUUACUUCGCCCCAUCGAACGCUUGUUUGCACGACCUCUGGUACUCAACGUACUCCUACAGUUUCAAUCCUAGUUUCGCCCCGCUGGAAGGGGACCGCGAGCACUAAUCUGCUACACACUGAAGCAACUCAGUCAAGUCCUAUGCGUAUGAUAUCCUCCGCUAUUGCGCUUCAAAUACGGCAGUCCUCUGGCUCAGACCUAUCAGACGUCACACGGGCAAUGUGGGAACUUAUUCCUAAAACAAAUGCUGCCGAGGCUUCUGUUGCGCUUCAGAGCAUUUUCAGCGAGGUCUUUCUUUUAUUGGACUCUCCGCUUGAAUUCGAUGUGAAUCAACCUUGGCUCAUGAGCUUAAUUGGAGUGCUCCUCAUGGCGUACCGAUGGAGCCCCUUCAAGGAGAUGCGUUCUCGGUGGGAAACAGCAUCUGAAAUAUGUCAGUUAUAUGCGGCGGUUCGUGCUCUCGACGAUUCACGCUCUGUAAACGAAGGAGUUCAGUACGACUUCACUCCUCAAGGUAUUUGGGAGUUGAUACAGCAGGUUCGAUGGGUAGUCGAACGAUGUGAAAGCCUUUUGCGCACGUUGGUCGAGUGGGAAGGCCGUCAAUUCUCAGAAGCUUGUGAUGGCAAUACACCCCUUGCCCUGGAGUUAUUUAAUCGGGCGGUCGGGCACUUGAACCGUCUCAAAGCGGCCACAAACAACAUUAGAAAGACAGAAAAUAAUCAAAUAGCGAUGUUCUCUCUCAGCAGCCUAGUAGAUGAUGCGGGGGUAGAUUUUGCUGCAUUUGCCACUGCUCUGCAAACUGCAAAGGAACUGGUUCGAAACCCAGGCAAGUCUCGCUUUCCAAUCUCUAUGAGCAGCGCAACUGAUGAUUUGGCAGACGUGGUAAAUCCCAAAGAGCAUUAUCGUCAAUCUCUGAUUGCUUUAAAACCCUCCGAAGCUUUAUUCCCAUUGCUUCGGAGGGUUGCUACCGAAUACACUAAACCGCAAGUCUUACACCGUAUCCGGUUAUUCAUACCUCCAGAUGACCUGCUUGUCUCACGUACCAUCGCCACCGCUGAAAUUUCUGCGGUGCCCAGCCCAGAGAUGGAUAUCAUCCGUAAAACAAAAAUCUCUCGUUUACCAGAAACUUUGGACUCGAGCACAAAGACCUGUGUCAGGUGUGGAGGAAGAACAGGUGUUGCUCCAUUAACUGAUAUUGGCAACGGAUGGCGAGUUUUUGAACACAUUUGGAGAAACCAUUGUGUAUGCGGUGGCUUGUGGUCUCUACGCUCUAGCGAAGAUCUGCUUGGUGCACGUAUUUAA